AUGGGGGACUUUAAAGAAAGGAUUGGAAGGUAUGUGGUAAUCUGGUGGCGUGCUGUUAGGCAGCAUGGGAGUGGGAAAGAGAGUAGCAAUGGAACAAGGCUACUUAGUGAAUGUGUAAUCAUGAAUACCUUUUUCCAGCUUCCAGACAAAAGAAAAUGUCAUGAAAGCAUCCGAGAUCCAAACAAUGGCAUCUUAUCAACAGAACUGGGGUUUGAGGAUGUCAUAGCAGAGCCUGCGUCAUCUCACUCCUUUGACAAAGUUUGGAUCUGCAGCCACGCUCUUUUUGAGCUCAGCAGAUACGUGCUGUACAAGCUCCUGACUCUGUUCCUUGCUAUUCCACUGGCUCUGGUUGCAGGAAUUGUCUUUGCAGUACUCAGCUGUCUGCAUAUUUGGAUUGUGAUGCCUUUUGUAAAGACCUGCCUCAUGGUCUUGCCUUCUGUGCAGACUGUAUGGAAGAGUAUGACAGAUGUUCUUAUUGCACCAGUAUUUCAGAGUCUAGGCCGAUGCUUCGCUACAGCCAAUAUACGUCUGGACCAGGAGUGAACAUCGGGGAUACAAUUCUGCUGUAGUCUUAGAUUGUGGUAUGCCUCUUUGCUAAAAUAGUGCUGAUGCACUUAACUUCCAUUCCAAAACAUGUUAGGAUUAAAAUAGCUGAUUUAUAGUAGGGACUCGUUAUUUUAAAAAAAAAAAAACCACACAUUUAUUUUCAGGGGAUCAAUUUAAGAUAAACUAGACUAAUUUCAUAUCUACCUGUUUUAAACAGAAAAAAGUGAGGUAUUAUGGCAACACUUUAUUUUAAUGGUGCAUUGGUUGCCAGAUUGCAGUAAAAUUCAUGUGAGGUAUAUGAGACCAUCACAAUAAUGUCAUAAAAUUGUUGUUGCUGGUGGUGUUACUCUGAAUACUAGUGAAAUUAGUAAUGAUGUCAUACACUGGUCUAAACUUGCUUCUAGGGGUCAGGAUGGGUCUGGCCCACUAUUCAGCAUAAUACAUGGAAGGUUGUAUGCUCAGUUAUCAUUGUUACCAGGAGUUGUGCCUGCAAUGUCCUGUGUGCAAAAGUGUGGGGCGGGAAUUCUUUUCUACUGAUGUACAUGGGAAAUAUUAACUCCCUUUACUGCUUUGUAAAUCUCCCACGUAUCGAUGGAGAAAAGUUCCCCAAAGGCUACCAUUUAAAAUGAGGUGUUAUCUUAUGGUUUGAGACAAUCAGCUAACCUAUGUAUUUUAUUUAAUGAAAUUUUAACUUUGCUGUAUAUUUUGUACUUAUGUAAAUGUUACUUUAUCAGUUUUCCUUGAAGGAUUGUUUCUACAGCAUUUCUAUACUUGCAGAAUUAUUAUACUGAAGAAGUUUGACACUGCAGGAAAUUAAAUGAGAUUGAAUAGAUUACGCAGCUUUUGGGAAAUGCUACUGUGCAAUUCAAGUAUAUCAAAUAAAUAUAUUUUCAUACAUGAGUAUAAAAGCAGUGCACAAUUUUUUUUCAUACAAGAUUAUGCAAAAGAGUUUGAAAUCACAUGUUUAAGUGAAUUGUUCAUUUUUUAUUAAAAAUAGGCUGUAUCAAAUGCAACCUUGCCUAUUUCUGUGUAUAAUAUUGUGAUAUUUAAAAUAAUAUACACUAUUCUGGCACUUUGAUUAAGUGGAAAGCAUUCUGUCUUGUAUUAAGCAAGUGGACAUAUUUAGUAUGCUCGUCCAAUUCUCUGUACAUUUGAGUCUGGUAAAUGCUUAUUUACUACUUUUAAGGUCUAAGUAUAAAGGAUAGUUUUCCCUCUGAACUUAACACAACUUUUUAAAUGAGAAUGGCAUAUAUACAAAGGUACAUGAAAACUGUAUUGAUGUUGCGAUGGGGUACAUGCUACUGAUUUAUAUAAAUGCAGAUGAACAAGUUACAACUGUAAAAUGUUUAUAGUAUGGUGCAAUAUGUUCUCCUCUGAAGCAAUGUCAUGCAUUCCUUAUGAUAUGAGGUAUGUAAUAAAACAAUUAGCUUUUUCAA